AUGUCACCAGCCACUCCAUCGUCUCGGACGCACAAGAGCCUCAGCAUGGCACAGCUAGCCUUGCUCAUAGCCGGUGCGGCUUCCCAGGGACUGAAGAUCGGACCAUCCAUUGUCGAGGUCUCGCCGGACUUCAACAGCGUGUUUCCUUUCAACAACUUCAAUCGAAAUGUGUCUGUGGCGAGUUGGCAAACGAACUUGCUCAAUGGCACGAGUGCUGAAGUUAAUGAAGAUCUGGAGUUUUUGGCGAAUGCGACUUUCAUUACAUAUGACGAGAGCUUUUACGAGCUUCUGGGCGUCAAUAGCUACGAAGACAUCAAGGAGAUCGAAACGAUCUUUACAUUCCCACCACCUCCUUCCUAUGCCCAACGCCAAAUCCACGAUGGCACAGUGUACAUUCCCGAGACCGACACCAUCUUCUUUGCGGAAUUGUAUUCACCAAAGCCCGGUGCUUACAUGCAUGCCAUCCCAUUUGUCUGGCAGAUCUCAAAUGCCUCAACGACCUCUGCCACUGCCAGCAAAGCAUAUCCCAGCCCGGCCUUGACGAUCGCUAACGGGGCACACUACCACAACGGUUCCGUAUACUGGGCUCAAGAAGGCAACUGGUCAACUCCAGGUGGACUUGUCCGUAUGGAUCCCUUCACUCUGAAGACCGAACCAGUCCAGAACAACUUCUAUGGCCACCGUUUCAACUCCCCUAACGAUGUCGUCGUGUCUGAUACUGGGAGGGCAUACUUCACCGAUGGCUACUACGGCCGCGACAACUUUAAGGACUCACUGGAGCCAGAGCUGGCCAAUGGCGUCUACCGAUGGGAUCUCCAGACAGGCAAUAUCCGCAUGGUAGCCGGCGCCGCUGAUGGAACACUCUUCAACCCCAACGGCGUUGCGUUCAAUGCCGAGCAGACUAGGCUGUUUGUUACCAUGCGUGGCUUUGCGAGUGGAGAUGCGGAUGGCGGACGUACAAUGUUUGCGUACGACAUCACCGAGAACGGUCUUGCAAACAGACAGGUCUUCGCGUACGUUGAUUCUGGCUUUCCCGAUGGGAUCAAAACGGACAAAGAUGGACGUGUGUAUGGAGCCGUGACGGGUUCGGUCGAUGUGUUCGAUGAAUAUGGGACGUUGCUAGGACGGAUCAAGGUCGAUAAGGAUGAUGUGGCUGUGAACAUGGUUUGGGUUGGUGAUCAUUUGUAUAUUGUUGGGCGAAACAAGGUGUAUCGAGUUCAGCUGAAUACAAAGGAGAGAUAG